AUGGAUGCCCAUGAUCGCCGCCUGCUCAAGAAGGUUAGAAGCAAAGGAAAGCAGGCUGUCUUCGAGCUUUAUGAAGGACUCCUGGAGGUGAUUGCCGCUGACUGGCCGGGAUCCUACGACGCUACCGGAGAGCUCGUCAGGAAAGUGGACCCGCACGCCAAUCAUGGCGGUCCCGCAGAUAACGCCAGUACAAAGAAGACGGCCGUAUCCAAGACGAUCGCGGGUUCCAAACAGAGUACCAUGCUUAUGCAGAACAUCGUCUCCAAGCAGAGCACCGUCCCCAAGCAGAAGACUGUCCCGCAGAUGAGCUUCCGCGCAUCGCCCUCCACCCAACUUGCUCUUUCUAGCAUGCCGGCUUCAGUCAAGGACGACACUAGCAUUCCUAUACUUCCUAAUCAACACAAGAAGCGCGGUGUGCAGGGUGAUCUCAGGUCCUUCAUAUUCGACACCGUAGAGAUGAAGAAGAACAAGAUGUGUCUGCCUAAGGAACCCGCGGAGGCAAGGACGCCGAUCUACAAAUAUACGAAGGAAGUCAAGUGUGACGCGAACGACCCAGAAGGUUACUGCAAGUUCGACUUGUGCAAGGCCUGGUCACUCACGGCUGAGUCGACCUGCGAGCACCAGCGCUGGAAGCGCAUCGUGCGCAAAGCGCCUUUGACUUCGGUCUCGAAGGGCAAGAGCGCUAUGGUGGGAGAGUGUUCUGGUCAAGCAUACCUGCAAGCUCUGGAUGACGACGCCGACGACGAUGAGUACCAAUACGUUGUCAAGCCUAAGGAUGAGCAGGAGUAG